CCAUCUGACUCGUCUUGUACAAUACGACAAAGAGGCGGGUGGUGUCUAUGACUACAAGCUCCGGGACUUUCCGUACCGACUGCGAAACGGUCCUGCUAUCAUUAAACUAAAGAGCAGCGUCCAUUAUCCUUGCCAAAGAAGGAUUUUAUUUUUUAUAUUGGGUUUCUGGUAAUCAAUUAUGGCGGCUUAAACACCUACAAAAGGGAUGUCUAAGAUGGGGGGAGGGGUUUGAGAGCACAUAUCCCUUGGUCUGUGUGUGUGCAUGCUUGAGACAUUUAUUUAAUUUCUAAUGUUGGUACACAUAAUCACAUACCAUAAGUUUAAGUUUGAAUGGUUAGAUAUGUCUGUGCUAAAUAUACAAGAUAAUAAAGUGUGUACUGAUCCUGGGUGAUCUGACCUCAGUGUAAUAUGAUUAUUGAUGUGAGGAUGCAUUUAAAUUACUUUUUUAAAUAGCCCCAUCCUUUUUUUUUUUACUGCGCAUGAUGUGUUUUGUUGAAUUUACAUCCACUGGGAAUACAACUGAAGAAGAAACAUUGAAGUUUCAGCAGUUCAAUGUUCAGAGGUAGUACUCUCUACUAGGUACAAGUAAAAUGGAUCCAGGUGUAAAGUAUAGGCUAUACUGUAUAGGGAAUGGGCAUCUCAUGCAGUUUGUGUCCAAUACUGUGUGACAGUGGGUGCUGGGUGAACUUGUUUCUUCUGCACUAAGUUUCACACUUAGCAAAACCUCACUUUCUUUUUUACUGUCUCUUGACUGUUUCUGUUUUUUGAUUUGAGAUAACCCCCCACCCCCUCUGCCCCCUGAUAUAUAUUACGCUACUAAUUUCUGUUGCAGUUUGAGUGAGUGUAUCGGUGUGAGAAAGCAAGACCAUGGGUUGUCUCAAACCCCUCUCCCUUUGAAGGACAUCUCUUUUGCCUUCAUAUUUCUAAACUUAAAUUCAAAAAUGGAAACUCUUGUUCAACUCAAAAACAACCCGUUUUUGAUGGGGUUGUGUCGCAAUGGGCCUCCACCUGACCUACAAUAUGAUAACUCUUCAGAGCUCUUCCGCAUCUCUACCUUUGCUCGAUUCCCAGCUUCGGGAGUCACAGAGCGAAGUCUGGCAAGGGCAGGUUGGUUCUACACCGGUGUGGGCGACCGAGUGCAGUGUUUCAGGUGUAACGUGACGGCAGAGGGUUGGCAGGCCGGAGACUGUCCAACAGAGAAACACAGACAACUCUCUCCUUCCUGCUCCUUCAUCCAGAGCCUCCCAUCUACAGCCAACCUGCUCUCCUCCUCUCACUCCGCCUUCUCCCCACUCCGCAUUGCCCCAGCCAUACCAAUUUCUGGUCCAGGCCCAGCUGCUCCUAACUCAACAGUAAGCCAAGGGGAAGAGCCAGUUGGCUACCUAAAUAUGGGAUUUACUGCUCCACCCCCCUCCAGCCCACUCAGCUCUCGUGGUGUAGAGGACAUGUCACACCAGAGACCAACAUGCCACAACCCCAGCAUGCGCAGAGAGCAGGACCGCCUGGACUCCUUCCAUCCCUGGACGCUCUCCAUCAUAACUCCUGCUGAGCUUGCCAAGGCGGGCUUCUACUACCUGGGCCAAGGCGACCGAGUGGCCUGCUUCAGCUGUGGAGGACAGUUGAGUAACUGGGAGCCAGGUGACAGAGCUGUAUCCGAGCACCAGAGGCAUUAUCCAAACUGUCGCUUUGUGCGGGGGGACAGAGCUGACAACGUGUCGCUGGCCGGAGCUGCCGUAUCUGCAUCUGGAGGAGUAACUUCUCAACUGUCUUCAGGAGCCCCAACCCUCAGUAAUGUGUCCAACCCUGCCAUGCAGCAGAGCGAUGAGAGGCUGCUCACUUUUGUCAACUGGCCAUCUCGUAUCCCUGUCAGGCCUGACCAGCUGGCUAAAGCUGGCUUCUACUAUGUGGGUCGUAACGAUGAUGUCAAGUGUUUCUGCUGCGAUGGAGGCCUGCGAUGCUGGGAGUCCGGAGAUGAUCCUUGGGUGGAACAUGCUAAAUGGUUUCCCCGGUGUGAAUACUUGCUCCAGGAAAAGGGACAAGAGUUUGUUCACCAGAUCCAGGCUCGCUUCCCUCGGCUGUUUGAGCAGCUUUUAACAAACGGAGACAGCAGCUCCAGAGAGUUUGUGGAUCCACCUGUGGUUCACCUCGGUCCAGGGGAGGAGCGAUCCGAGGACGCUGUCAUGAUGAACACCCCUGUGAUUAAGUCGGCUUUAGAGAUGGGCUUUGAGCGUAGUCUAGUCAAGCAAACAGUCCAGAGCAAGAUCCUGACCAGCGGAGAGAACUACAGGACCGUCCAGGAGCUGGUUUUAGACCUGCUGAGUGCCGAGGACCAGAAAAGGGAGGAGGAGCGAGAGAUGCUGGCGGAGGCUAUGGCAUCAGAUGGUUUCACGUUUGUGAAGAGACACCAGGCAGCGUUGAUCCAGCGUCUGAAGAGUGUGGAGCCAGUGCUGGAGCAUUUAAGAGAGCAAAAUAUGUUAUCUACCGAGGAGUAUAGCGGUCUUAAGGCUCAGACGUCGCCUCAGCAGCAAACCGCCAGGCUGAUAGAGCUCGUCCUCAACAAGGGAAACGCUGCAGCCGAGGUCUUCCGCAACUGGAUCCAGAAAAACGACGUACACUUGCUCAGAGAUCUCAUGGCCCAAUCAAACGAAGCUGCAUCACCAAGCCAAGAUCUUUCAGACCUCCCCAUGGAGGAGCAGCUGCGGCGCCUGCAGGAGGAGCGUACCUGCAAGGUUUGUAUGGAUAAAGAAGUCAACAUCGUCUUCAUCCCAUGUGGACACCUGGUGGUGUGCAAAGAAUGUGCACCAUCACUGCGAAAGUGCCCAAUCUGCAGAGGCCUAGUUAAAGGCACGGUCCGAACCUUCCUCUCAUAACCAGGAGUGGCAUUUGUGUAGAAUUUAAGCAAUAUGACAAAUUUAUAUUUAUUGGAAAGUGCAGGAGGUUUGUUGUGCAUCUUUUUUUGCCCCCUAUGUGAUUUCUGUCUGAAUUUAAUCCCAAAAUACAUUCAAGAUGUCACCAGGUUUCUACAUAAUCUAAACAAACCUAAUCUGAUAGAGAUGACAGAAUACAUUCAGUUGCAAUGUUCUGUACAAGACUGUUUAAUAUCUUGAUUUAAUCUUAACGCUUCUGCUGGCAUCUAUUACUAAGGCUGGGUGAUAUUUUUGAAACCAGUAUCAUACUGUAUCUGUAUCAUGUUAUCUGUUAAUACCACAAUAUGGAAAAAGUACAACAAAUAUAAUCAAUGUUCAAUCCAAUGAACUUUGUUCCAUUGUUACUCAUUACAUUCAUCUCAACUCUCCAAAUGUAAAACAAAAUUGAAUUUUAAUGACAUGAGAUUGUAUUCUAACUGCAGCCCUGCAGUAAAUAUCAGCUUGAUGGUUUAAAUUUUUUUUUUUUAUAUUCAGAUGCAUCAAUGACAGUCAUUAUGCCUUUAGUGUGUUGGAUAAUGGCAACAACUACAUUAAAUCAUGAUUACAGAAGAAGCUACAUAAACUACAAAGGACUUUGUGACCUGAGGUGUUGAUUCAUGUUCCGUAAAACUAAUCACUACAGUUAGGAAGUCUCAACUUAAGCAAGUUAAAAUAAUUGGUCACAAGUAGUCCCUGCGAUGGAAAAAAUAACCAAAUUACAUCAACUAAAGAUUAAACUCACAUUAACUUUACUGCAAGACUUCGGUUUAAGUUUAAAAAUUCUUAUCACACUUUAACUACUUACAAAGUAUAAGGCAUAUUCUUUCUGUACCACCCAAUUUUUUUAACUGAACUGACUUCAGUGCAUUACAGUGUACCCUCUCCAAUGUAACUACAGCUAUUUUUUUCCCAUUUUAAAUAAAACCUGGAUAUAUUCUGUGCUA